UCAUAUGUGUACAUUAUAGCGUUUUAAAGUAAAGAAAAAUGUCGGAUCAGGAGGCCUCCCCAGACAGGCCGCCAUCAGGGGAUGGCAGGGAGGAAUCAGAAGGGGAGUCCAAAAUCAAGGUGGACGAGAACAGCCCAGAAACAGACACCAAAACAGAUGAGGAAGUGGGACAGAAAUCAUCACAAGAAAUAUCAGAUAGCCUGGAGAUGGAUUCGGACAACAAAGACCGACCUGUCAGCUCCGAGAGUACCAGCCGACCCAGGAGUAGUGGCAGCGAUACUGUCCAACCCUGGAAGGGACGCAGAAAGAAGAAAAUGAAUGUCGAUCCUGAUGCCAGACAAGUUACUUUCACAAUAACCAUUUGUAUAGCUGUACCUACUAAAAAACCUGUAUCAAAAAGAAAUCGAAGAGCGGUUCAGAACAACAAUACCACGCCCUCGCGACCUUCUACUGCUGGGAUCGUGUCACUAAGUCAACCACAGUCUCGGAAUUCAACACAAAAUAUUCCUGAGAAGUCAGAAAAUAAUGCCCCGGCUCCUGUUGAGGAUGAGGAUGUGCCUGACAUUAAACAGCUGAUUAAGAAGAAGAAGCAGGUGUUUGAGGCCCCCCGGGCCCAGAAUUAUUACCACCUGGAGUACUACCUGACCCCCGAGGAGUCCAGCCUACAGAAGGUGGAUGUCGUCACGUAUGGACCUGCCGCCAUUAUCUUCAUGGCGUCACAUGACCCUCGGAUUGUCAGGACCUGGAUCGAGGGUGAAUUGACGUGGGUCGCCUGGUCUCACAAACAUGUGGUGAAUGUGACAGAUGAGUUACUGUUGAAGCUGUUCAAACAUAACAUCGAGUUACGGAUCUGGGAUACAAAAGACAAAGUUGGUGCCAAAGCCCGAUUUACCAAAAUAAAGCAGUUUAAAAUCCCAAACUCAAAACCAGGGGAAGAGGACCAGAACAGUGCACGUAACAUCGUAGUAAGACUGUCCAAAAGCUUCGCCAAGCACCAGCCAAAGAAAGCCUGCGAGAUACGACCGAUUCCCACGCAGGUGUCGUUCCACUCAGUGGACAAGGUCGUACGACCUGUGGAGGAGGAGAAGCCCCCAGAGACGAAGCCCUCCUAUGAAUCACAGCCACCAGCUGCAGGGGAUGACAAAGGGGACCCCCCAGGGUCCCCCACCCCUAAAACUCUGGUGGGGGUCCCCAAUCAAUCAACUGACCAGGAAGGAAGAUCCUCAUUCAGUCGCCUGGGCCGCCUUGCCCACUCUGAUCCCGGGGAGGAACCCUCAGGUAAAGACUCCCAGAGGAGUAAGUCCAGUACAGGGAAGGACAAAAUGGGCCCCAAAUCCUCCGCAUCAAGAGGCCCAAAAUCUGCUGGAUCUACUGGAUCAGUGAAGAAGCUUCCCUCUGCCACAGUUAAACCGCCUCGCAGAAACAAGAAACAGGAAUUAGCAGCCCAGCAGGCCGCAGAACAGAUCAGGAAGUUUGGCAUCUGUAUGGUGCCUAUACGCAUGGCCAUGUUCUUCUCAGGUAUGAAGAAUGUUACUAAUCGGCUAAAAUCACCAGUACCAGGGAUAGAGGACAUGUUUCUACAACUCAAGCUGGACGUUCCUCUGAUGUCUGAACAACAGAAGAAAGAACUGAAUCCAAUGAUCAUUACGAUAAAGAAUGCUACAAACCUGCCAAAUUCUCCAAUGACAUAUGCUGAACUAAACGAAAAAUGUCAGCCAGUGUUUUGUCGAUAUCAAUUCCAUAAUCAGCCAGAGCAUUGCAGCGUGGGAAGGGAGCAGAAAGAGAACGUCUACUGGGAUGACCUCAAUGUUGUGUUACUAGGGACCCAAGAAAACUCGGAGCUUCGUCAGUAUCUGAACGGUCCUCCUAUGGAAAUAGAGGUACAUGACAGGGAUCGUAAACCAGAGGGGGUCAAACUCAAACCUACCCUGUUUGGUGACGAUCUAGAGGAUGAAAAAAUCAGUAAUGUAGGAACAGUCGCAAGUAGGAGAACUGUGCAUAAUCCAUUCAAGGGACGUAACAAACCCUGGGAUCCCUACGGAGUGGCUAGAGUGGACCUGUCCGAGCUCCUCCUGGGACACCAGUACCUCCACCUGACCGUCCCCAUACAGAACUGCCCCAUCCCUGACGUGUUCCCCUCGGAGGAGAGGGAGGACGGACGGUCAGUGGGGGUCAUGGGUGCGGUAGACGGGCCAGUGGACAGGCCUUUUAAUGCGGGGCAUUAUGUACAAUCAAAUUCCAUGUUAAAAUUGAAAGUAGAACUAGCCCACCCACUAACAACUCCAGAGGAGGUCGCAGCCAAGGAACCCCUGUCUAGCACCCCACAGUGCCCCUUUGGUAGAAUUAUCUACAUCUUUGGUUACAAGAACACCACAAUCUUAAACCUACUGGAAACUCUAGUCACUGAAAUAAAUGCCAAGGCGUUAGAGCUGGACAACAUGCCACCCCACGUCAUCAGUGCUGCUCUGUCAACCUACAAACUAUCACUGGAGCAGCAGAGGAGCCGUGAUUUGGACAUAAUCACUGGGUUCCAGGUGAUGGAUGGGGAUAAACAUGUGUUUGUUUUGGAGGGCCUUAGGGACAAAGCCAUUGAGUAUGUGUGGGAGAAUGUCACUGGCCCAGAAAACUCAGAUGUGCGUGUGUUGUAUAACUCAGACCUGAGCUUCAGUGAGCGUCUGUACGGUCCUCUGGAUGUGGACCUGUGUCGGGUCAAGCUACACGAGCCCCUGGGUCAGAUUGUACAGCAGCCUCUGUUGUAUGUCAGAGACAUGGUCCCUAAACCCUGCUUCCAGGGGCUCCUCAACCUCCACCAGAUUGUAAACUCCAAUGUGAUGAAGGAUGUAAUAAGAAAUUCACUGUUCCCUCUGGCUGACAUGGUGAUCUCAAUGAGUCGUGAGUUUGGAGUUCCCAUAACUCAGGAGGACUUUGAUGAGCUACAGUUGAAGAAGCCAACAGAAGUAGUUAUUGAGGAGAGAGAGGAGCAGCCAGAGGAGCUGGUGCGUGAGACGAGUCGUAUGUGGACCCCCAUAGAUAACUUCAACCCUCAGUACAUGGAGGCCAUAACAGGCCGACAACAAAGGGUCAACUUCAUUAAAGAAAACAAGGAUGAUGUGAAGGUAAUUAGUGAUAAGAAUAAGGAGGAGCGAGAGAGAACAAAAGUCCCCACCAUACGGGCCGACGUUAAAGUGGCUCAUAAUUACAGCUCCCACUCCCUGAACUCCACAGAACUCGCCAAGGAGAAACUACGACAGAUGCUAGCAGAGGAGCCGGACACUAGAUUUACCUACUGCCAGGAGUUCCAUCACUCCAUGACGGUGGUACCCGUCAAUGUGGAGGCACUCAAAAAAGCCGAGAAGGAGGAGUCUCGUGCCAGGUGGAAGACCGAGUCAGGGUGGAUUUAUCCCGGAAUGAAAUCCACACUGGAGUGUAACGAACAUCCCAGGAGACCCGACACAGCAAGGAUAGAGGAACUACACGAGUUAUGGAGGGAAAACAUUCUACAUGUGGGCAUGCUUCAACCUCCACUAGACCGUGACAAGUUUCCAUGGUUACACAGACAUUACGACAUGGAGCUGUAUAGGCGCCCACAGUCAUGCUUCAUCAGGGAACCUGUUACCAUUCACCUGGCUGGACAGAAGCUCAAGGAGGAGAAACUAGCGGCCCUGAAGAAAGACAUGGAAGUCUGGAGGUCAAAGGUUGUGGUGGAUGACACGCGGCAGUACGUCCACCGAUGUCUGAUUGAGACCGAGCUACAAGAGCGAUCAAGAAAAUCUCAGAACCAGAUCGACAAGUUAAAAGGUCUGCUGAAAGAUAAACCAGUCAAAUUCUCCCUCAGAAGACAAGGUCUGGCCCUGAAGGAGGUGCCUCCUCUAGGUGUGGUGGUAAACCCCAGCGUGGAUACCGCCGCGCGGGAGGCCGGUCUGCCGUUAUUACCCGCGGUAGAGAACGAAGGCGUGGAGAAAACUAACGGCUUCAAACCCGGACCUUACGAGGAUCACAGCUGGAAUCUAGAGAGAAACAAGAUCCCUGUGUAUGACUACCAACACAGGCAGUUCAGGGAGACCAAAGGCGCAGACUUCAAUGCUAUUCACACGGAGAGGACUAAGCUGUACAGACGGACUAUCGUCCCCCUACAGGACUCAGAGAGAGACAACCAUCUCUUCUGGAUCCCUGAUGACGUCAGUAAAUUUGGCCCGUACGAAGGGAUUGAGCCGGUCAGUAAAUCAAGCCUCCCUCCUGUAGAGAACCCCAAUAUAGCCGUGUCCACAGUAAUAGCACAAAGGCUACAGUCAACUGACCAGAAACUGACCGCUUCUCCAACAGGUGUACGUGCAGAUCUGAACUCGGGAAUCACAAAGUCUUUCAAGGCCAAGGAGGCAUUAGUCAGUUAAUGAGAAAUGGUACAGAAGAAAAAAUUAUAUUUCUGUUAUCUAUAUCUCUAGUUUAUGUCAUUUCCAGUAAAAAUAUUGACUUUUAUUUGGUAAGAAAUACUGCUGAUUGUUUACAAGUUUUGAUACAAUCAUUGAAGUCCAAAAGUGUAUAAAACUUACAUGAAUUUUGUUAUUUCUGCUGAACUUAAAGGUGCCUUCAUGAAUGUUUACAUAUUAAUAGAUUCCUCUAUUUUUUUGAUCUGUGAUAAAUGUCCGUAUUAUAUUUAUUUGAAGUAUUAAAAUAUAUAUAUUUUUGUAUAUUAGUUUUAAAUUAGUACGUACAUGUAGUUUUAAAAAAUUACAUUUAUAUUAUUAAUUUGUGCAUGAAAACAAGUUAUUAAUGCUGAUAAUUCAAGUCAUUUUGGGUGUAUUUGAAACAGACACAUAUAGUAAUUUUUUAUAUGUGUGGGUUUUUAUCAGAAUGCAUGAUUGACAGAACAAUGUAUGGAAGUGAAACUGAUUAAAAAGUGUUGCGUGAAUUUCAUUCAAAAGGUUGGUGAUAAAUAUCUCCACGUAUGAUAUUUUCAUCACAAAUCGGUGGAAAACUGCUGACAAUUUUAACAUGUAUACAUAUAUAGAGUAUUAUAUAAAGGAACAAUGUCAUGUCACUUCAGAGUGGUGAUAUCCUUAGUGGUCUAUACUGCUGGUAGUUGAUAAAGUCCCAAAUCAUACUGUUAAUGUGGUGUUAUUUAUAUCCAUAUAUUUCAUGUACUUAAUGUUGUGACACUGUGGCUACUAUUUGUGAUGUUUUUGUUAUAAGUUAUGAAUACCAUUUUUACUGUAUAAGUUGGUCACUUCAAAUACUAUUAUACUGCAAUUUCCAAGAGUAGGUGUGAAAUCCAAUACUAUUUGAACAUUUCUUGGAUUGUUGUUGAAUUGGAUUUUAAAACUAGACUUUACAUCAAUAUAUAUCUACAUAUGAAUUGACAUUAAGUUCAUAAGAAAAUGCAGUAUGUUCCUUAUAAAAAAAAGUUAGAUUUGUAGUUAAGAAUUGGAAAUUUAGCAUUUACAGGCAUUUACUUGCUGUCAGUGGUUUAUACAUUGUAAAUCUUGGAGAGAAAAAAACAUUUGUUAUAAUAACCUGUGUUUAUUUGAAGUGUCUUGUUACAUAAUUGUAUUAACUGUAUUAACAUGUCAGUAUUGUGUGUGUUUUAUGAAAGGAUGUACAUAUAUUUAUAUAUUAUUAUCAUUUUCAGCCGUAAUGUGAGAUGUUCCGGUUUUAAAUAUUCAUUUCAACAUGAAUAGUCUCAGUUAUAUUCAAGAUUAAAGAUAAAAUUUAUAUUUAUUUUAUGAAGACAUAUCUGCACUGAGUUAAUCGUAGUAAACAGCCUCUGUCCAGAUUUUAUUUUUUAUUUUGUUGGGCACUUUGUCCUAACUUGGGCAAACUUUGUUGUUUUGUGGCACCAAUCCCUUUACAAAAGCUGUUUUCAGCAAAUUAGUGGCCUAUAAUUCUGUGAUUGAUUUAUACUGUUUAUUUUUUAUAUUUUAUUUCUUAUUAAUUACUUCCAAUAACAAUAAAUGCUUAUUUUCACUAUCAA